GGGGGAGGGUGCGCUGGGGUUAAUUCCAUGUUUCCAAACUACCCUGCCUCGCCCUGGGGAUGCGCGAAUGAAGAUGAGCGCAGUUGUGCCCGCCCCAGAGAGGCGUGUGUCCCUCGGGGCGGGGCGCGGUAACGGAGCGCUGCGCCCGGAGCCUGGGCGGGCACCUGCCGCGCUUACCCUUGUGCACCCCGGGACAGGUCACUUCCCCCUGCCUCCGUUUCCUUAUCUGCACAAAGGGGCUGAGGCUCGCGCCGCCGCUUGCCGGAGUGGGUGUGAGCAUAAGCGAAGCCCUUUGCAUUUGUACGUUAUUAUUGGGUAGCAAGCAUUUUAUCCAGGGGAGAAGGGAGAGUCCCUGUCCGUGCAAGUCUGUGCGUGUGUUCCUCGGCGAUGGCCUUGGACAACAAUCCCUCUUGGCUCCCCGUUUAACUUAUCUCUAAAAUGAGAUGGGGAGGACUAGGCAGCUUCGUGUCGGUAACUGUCCCUGUGUUCCCACCAAGCAGAGCAGGCAGCACGUUACGGUAUCCCCGGAUCCGCCCUGGGAUUAUUCAUCAUCCGUCUGAAAUGACAAGUGGAUUUCUUAUGGAGGUAUGUGUGGAUUCAGUGGAGUCGGCUAUAAAUGCGGAGAGAGGAGGUAAAAGAGGUGCUGGCCGCGUUGAAUUGUGUUCUGGUUUGCUGGAAGGAGGAACUACACCCAGCAUGGGUGUUCUACAAGUGAUUAAGCAGUGUGUUCAGAUCCCUGUCUUUGUGAUGAUCCGACCACGUGGAGGUGAUUUUUUAUAUUCAGAUCGUGAAGUAGAGGUCAUGAAAGCAGACAUCCACCUUGCCAAGCUUUAUGGAGCUGAUGGGUUGGUAUUAGGAGCAUUGACUGAAGAUGGACAUGUGGAUACCGAACUCUGCAUGGAACUUUUAUCUAGUUGCCGUCCCCUGCCAGUCACUUUCCACCGAGCCUUUGAUAUGGUUCAGGAUCCAGUGCUGGCUCUAGAAACUCUUUUGACCUUGGGAUUUGAACGUGUGUUGACCAGUGGUUGUGACAGCUCAGCAUUAGAAGGACUGCCUAUGAUAAAACAACUCAUAGAACAGGCAAAAGGCAAGAUUGUGGUAAUGCCAGGGGGCGGCAUAACUGAGAGAAACCUGCAGAGGAUCCUCGAGGGCUCGGGCGCCACCGAGUUCCACUGCUCUGCGCGCUCCGCCAGGGACUCGGGCAUGAAGUUCCGAAACACUUCUGUGGCCAUGGGCGCUUCCCUUUCCAGCUCGGAAUAUUGCUCAAAGGUGACAGAUGUGGCAAAAGUGAGGACCUUGACUGCCAUCGCAAAGAGCGUUCUAUAAGGCUACCCAGAGCCCGGGAGAGACGUGAACGUGCCUGGAUCAAGGUUGGGGGAGACCUGAGGUCUGAAGCUGCUAGGGCCUGGGCAGGGCUGGAGAUUGACCUUGGCUUGUCAUACACGGACCGUGGGAUCCUUCCAGAAGAGCCAGUUAGUUCUCCAUCAUCAUGAUGAAAAAUAGCUGGAUCAAGACUUUGUCAAAGACUUGGUCUGCCCAGUAAAUGGGAUUAAUUUAUAAGCUGAAAAAAUUAAAUUCAAGAAUUACCUUCGAUUUGUCUUUGUGAAAUAAAACUUGUCAUUUCUGUUA